AUGUUUCAAUCUUUCCAUUCUUCGACCAUUCUUUCUUUCUUUUUCUUUCUUUCUUUCUUUCUUUCUUUCUUUCUUUCUUACAUUCCUUCCUUCUUUUAUGAUUCAUUCUUUCCUUUCUUCGAUCAUUCUUUCUUUUUUUCUUUCUUUCUUUCUUUCUUUCUUUCUUUCUUUCUUACAUUCCUUCCUUCUGUUAUGAUUCAUUCUUUCCUUUCUUCGAUCAUUCUUUUUUUUUUUUUUUUUUCUUUCUUUCUUUCUUUCUUUCUUACAUUCCUUCCUUCUUUUUAUGAUUCAUUCUUUCCAUUCUUCGAUCAUUCUUUUCUUUCUUUCUUUUCUUUCUUUUUCUUUCUUUCUUUCUUUCUUUAUGAUUCAUUCUUUUCUUUCACGAUCAUUUUUCUUUUUUCCUUCCUUCAUUUAUUUAUGAUUCUUCUUUUAUGUUUCAUUCUUUCCUUUCUUCGAUCAUUCUUUCUUUUUCCUUUCUUUCUUCAUUUAUUUACUUCUUACAUCCCUUCCUUCUUUCAUGUUUCAAUAUUUCCAUUCUUCGACCAUUCUUUCGUUCUUUUUCUUUCUUUCUUUCUUUCUUACAUUCCUUCCUUCAUUAUGAUUCAUUCUUUCCUUUCUUCGAUCAUUCUUUCUUUUUUUCUUUCUUUCUUUCUUUCUUUCUUUCUUUCUUUCUUACAUUCCUUCCUUCUUUUAUGA